GCUGCGACGGCACUCCUCAGUUGAGUUACCAUAUACCAGACGCUAGCGAAGUAGCGAUGGAUAUGGGCGAUCCCUCCCUUGUGGUGGCGGCCGUCGCCGUGGCCUUAUCCCUUGUGUUCCUUGUCGUAGCGGCGAGGGCCAGCAGGAAGCCAGGCAAGCUGCCGCUGCCCCCCGGGUCGAUGGGCCUGCCGGUGAUCGGGCAGAGCCUGGGCUUCCUCCGCGCGCUGCGCUCCAACACAGCAGAGCAGUGGAUUCAGGAGCGCGUGGAGCGGUACGGGCCGGUGUCCAAGCUGAGGCUCUUCGGCACCCGCACGGUGAUGCUCACGGGGCCCGCGGCCAACAAGUUCGUCUUCACCAGCGCGUCGCUGGGGACGGAGCAGCCCCAGUCGACGCGGCGGAUAGUCGGGGAGAGGCAGAUCCUGGAGCUCAUGGGCGCCGACCACAAGCGCGUCCGCGGCGCGCUGCUCGAGUUCCUCAAGCCGGACAUGCUGCGGCUGUACGUGGGCAAGAUCGACGGCGAGGUGCGGCGCCACCUCGACGAGUACUGGGCCGGCCGGGCCACCGUCACGGUGAUGCCGCUGAUGAAGAGGCUCACGUUCGACAUCAUCUCCCUGCUGCUCUUCGGCCUGGAGCGAGGCGCCGUCCGGGAAGCCCUCUUCGACGACUUCGAGCACGUCUUGGAUGGCGUGUGGUCCGUCCCCCUGGACCUGCCCUUCACGGCGUACCGCCGGAGCCUCAGGGCCAGCGCCAGUGCUCGCCGGGUGAUCGCCGGGAUCACGCGGGAGACCAAGGCCAAGCUGGAGCGGGGCGAGGCCUCCCGGAGCAGCGACCUCGUCGCGUGCCUGCUCAGCUUGACCGACGGCAGCGGCGCGCGGCUGCUGAGCGAUCAGGAGGUCGUGGACAACGCCAUGGCCUCCAUGAUCGCCGGCCACGACACGUCCUCCAUCCUUCUCGCCUUCCUCAUCCGCCAGCUCGCCGACGAUCCUGACACGCUCGCCGCCAUGGUCCACGAGCACGAGGAGAUCGCCAAGAGCAAGGGCGACGGCGACACCCUGACCUGGGAGGACCUGUCUAACAUGAAGUUCACGUGGCGCGCCGCGCAGGAGAUGCUCCGGCUGGUGCCCCCGAUCUUCGGCACCUUCAGGACAGCGCUCAAAGACAUCGAGUUCAACGGCUACCUCAUCCCCAAAGGGUGGAAGGUGCUCUGGACGGCGCCCGCCACGCACAUGGACGGGAGCAUCUACCCCGAGCCGGCCAAAUUCAACCCGUCCCGCUUCGAGAACCCGACGGCGCCGCCUUGCUCCUUCGUCGCCUUCGGCGGCGGCCCGAGGAUCUGCGUCGGCAUGGAGUUCGCCAGGAUCGAGACGCUGGUGGCCAUGCAUUACCUGGUGAGGCGCUUCAGCUGGAAGCUCUGCUGCAAGGAGAACACCUUCGUCAGGAACAUCCAGCCGUGGCCGCUGCACGGCCUGCCCGUACAACUUGAGCAAAAGGCAGCAAAAUCGCCAUGAUUCAUCACAUCAUAUACGAUCGACCGUGACGAUACAAUAAUAUACUCCAACUUCAAAGAUACCUAGCGAUGUUGAUUCGUCACCACAGAUCCAAAUGAAUAAAUUUAUAUAUGUCACAUGUCUGUAUCUUGUCUCCUCAAAUGGAGCCCUCCCCCUGUGAAGUUCGGUACUAUCACUGUCGUGUGAACGAAGACGACGAAUCAU